GCCGCGCCGUUAAAAAAAAAAGGUUUUCUUACUGCCUUCGCCGCCCGCGGCUCGAGCUGCUUCUUGCCAUGGGCUGCGGCCAGUCCAAGAUGGCGGAGGGGGGCGGCGCGGCCGUCGCGCUGUGCCGGGACCGCACCGCGCUGCUGGCCGAGGCGAUACACCACCGCUACGCGCUCGCCGACGCCCACCGCGCGUACGCCGCCUCGCUGCGGGACGCCGGCGCCGCGCUGCACGACUUCCUCCGCGGCGUGCAGGCAAUGCCCCCCGCGCCGUCGCCCGAUGACGCCGCGGCGGCGCUGCGCCUCCCCGACCUUCGGAAGGGGGAAUCGCUCCCCGCCGCGGUCCAUAUUCCCGUCAACGACGACGAUGGUGGCCACAUACAUUUCCCCUCCGACGACGACGACGAGGGCUCCGAUGGUGGCCACAUCCGUUUCCCGUCCGAUGACGACGCCGAGCCGUCUCUCCCCCGCCCUACCGCGGCUCCGGCGCCGCCGCCACAGGCGGCCACGCCAUACAGUUACGCUCCGCCGUACGGCCCCGGCCCCGGUGAGCAGUAUGGAUACGGUGGCGACAUGGGCGGCUACGCCCAGAGCUUCUUCAGCAUCAGCUACGCCCGCAGCCAGCCGCCGCCGCCGUCUGUGACGUCCUACGAACACCGCCCCCAAACGGCCAAUGCCACCCUUCACUACUACCCGGGGGACGGCGCCGCCGGGCCACCGCUUCCCGGCUCCUCCUACUACGGCGGCGCGCCUCAGGUGUCAGCCUGCUCCCGCGAGGCCGCCGCGCCGCCAUCGCCGCCGCAAGUGUCCGCCUGGGACUUCUUCAACCCGUUCGAGUCAUUCGAGAGCUACUACCAGGAGCCGCCGCCCGCUCCACCAGCCUACUCGCCAAGCCGGGGCUCCAAGGACAACGUCCUGGAGGAAGACGACAUCCCCGAGCUGGAGCACGACGAGGUGGAUAAGGUUGCCAAGGAGGCGUCCGGCAACGGCAACCUCCACGACGCCAACUGCACGUCGGCGAAGGAGGAGAGGAGGAGCGGCGCGGCCAGUGCCAUUGAGGAGGCCAGCAGUAGUACUACCAGUAGCAGCAUGAUCAGUGAGGUCCAUGUAGUUCAGGAGAGUACGAUGGAAGAACAUCUGCGGCUUUCGGAUGCCGGUGACGCCGGGCCUCCUGCGAUCCCCAGGAAGGCGUACAACGAUGAUGUUGCGGUGGUGGAAGAGAUGAGAUCGCAAUUUGAUCAUGCUGCGAAGUCCGCAUUCGAUGUGUCCAAUGUUCUUGAGGUUGGGAAGAUGCCAUACUACCAGAAGAGCUCAGGACUAAAAGUGUCCUCGGUGAUGAUCUGUGGGCUAACUUCGACGGGCGAGGAGUUGCUGCAGGUCGAGGAGGACAAGGCUAUGGAAUGUGGCAACCUUUCUUCAACAUUACAGAAGCUCUACAUGUGGGAGAAAAAGCUGCUUGAGGAAGUCAAGACUGAGGAGAAGAUGAGGGUGCUACAUAACCGAAAACGCGAGGAGCUGAAAGUUUUAUAUGGAAGGGGUGCUGAAGCACACAAGCUUGAGGCAACUGAAAUGCAUAUCAGAAAGCUGUCAACAAAGAUAAGCAUCGCCAUUCAGGUCGUUGAUACCAUCUCCAAAAACAUCAAUAAGCUGAGAGAUGAAGAACUAUGGCCACAAACAUGUGAGCUGAUUCAAGGGUUGACGCAAAUGUGGGAUGCCAUGUCAAAAUGCCAUCAGAUUCAGUCCCAUGCUUUAUCCCAAGCUAAAAACCUGGACUAUGAGCUAGCCGCUGCAAGAUUCAGUGAAGCUCACAUGGACUUAAUCAAGGGACUGGAGCUUCAGUUACUGGAAUUGAUUUCUAGUUUUGCUGCAUGGGUCAAUGCUCAGAAGAGCUUUGUUGGCACUCUAAAUGAGUGGCUCAAGAAGGGAAUUGACUAUGUUCCUGAAGUUACCGACGAUGGGACUCCUCCUUUCUCUCCAGGACGCUUAGGAGCGCCCCCAAUUUUUAUCAUCUGUAACAAUUGGGCAAUCAGCAUGGGCAGAAUAUCAGAGAAGGAAGUAGUAGCCACAAUGCAAGCUCUUGCCUCGAGUGUUCUGAACCUCUGGGAGAAGCACAGGUUAGAGUGGAGGCAAGGUAUGAUGGCUAACAAAGAUAUGGACAGGGAUCUUAGAGUGAUGGAGAGGGAUGAACUGUCGAUGCGCAAGGCUCUCGAUGCGCAGUGCAAGAAGCUUGUGCUUGUUUCCGAUCAGAGCGGCAUAUCAUUAUCUGCCCAGGUGGUACACAACUGUGAUCCAACUGCUGAGGUGGGUUUGCAAUCUUGCAUGAAUAAAGUCUUUGAAGCAAUGGAGAGCUUCAGUGCUGCCUGUUCGAAUGCAUACAAUGAUCUCCAUCUUCGCUCCAAAGAAGAGAAAACUCGACUUGGCCAAGACAGUGGCAGAGUUUCCUAGCCUCAUUUCAGGCUUUAGCUGAUACAGGGUAAGUAACUGAGCCUGGAGGUCUGAUGAACAACAACAAUGUGCAGACAAUCACUGAUUCACAAUCCAGCCUCACAACCAAUGUGCCUUGAUUGUGCUUGGAUUCACUCAAUGACACUUAUUCCCGGCCUUCACCGUGCGAAGUCAGAAGAUCCAAAGCCGCUUGGCUUGGGCCCUUUGUCAAGUUUCAGGGCCUGCAGCAACUGAUGUGAAAUCUGUGAUGGCCUGCAUUCUCAGGGUUGAAUAAUUUUCGUUUUGUGGUCGUAAUCACACUGGAGAGAACUACUGCUCUGUAAAGAAGUUAAUCACCAAUUCAACACAAUCACAAUGUUAUUGACAAGGGGGCAGUAAGCAUCAGACUAUCAGAGAUUCAGAGACAGAAUUGGACAUUAUCUAAAAAAAGAGGCAGAGCAAUUGGGAGGUGCUGAUAUAAACAAAAAAAAAAAGUCACUAGAUAUUUGUUCAUAGAGGCCCUAUAAUUGCUUGUAGAAAAUUAUCCUUCAAGAAUCAAGGCAGUGUUUAAAGGUGGUUGAUAUUGUGGGGGUGAAUCAUAGCUGAUACUCGAUAGUGAGACAUGCUUGAUACCCUUGUUUGGAGUCCGGCCUGCAGCUUCCCACCGAAGCAUUUGGGAAUUGGGGAGCCUCAGCAUUUUAGGCAAGACAAGGCCCUGAUACUGUCAUCAUACUCCUAAUUUAAUUGGCUAUCAUGAACCCUUUUGUUUCUUUAUUUUUCCUGUUUGUCUGUAUACACAUGAUUCAUUUGUACCUGUGACUCUUUAACUUUUGUACAGCUGGUGUAACUUGAGCCUUUUCUCUGUAUGAACACAUUUUCUCUCAUCUCUUAACCUGUCUCAAUGUAUUGCCAAACUGUCCUAGAAACUAAGGGUU